AUGAAUAUUCCAUGUUCAGCAAGCGUACGUCCUCGAAAGAGACCAUACUACAGAGUGUCGGAGGAAGAGUACGAAUCUUGUAUGCGCCUAUUGCGACAUUUCGUUCCAACAGGAGACCUCAGUUUGGACAACGUCAAAUCUAUGCUAGUCGAGGUGGAACAGAGAUCUGAACCCGGUGUGUCCGGCCAUACAGUACUAACAAAUCAAUCCAACCCGACACUAUCGAACAACGAAUUAGUAGAAACGGAAGAAAAUGUGAUACUCCAAGAGGAGAAAGGUUGCAUGUACCUUGACCCUCGCGGGAAGUACAGGUACGUAGAUGCGGAUUCUUCGCUCAGAUUCGACCAUGCCGCGCUUAUAGCUCGACAACCCCAUCUCGCGGAAACCACGAGAACAAAACGCGAUGCCAAUGUCCUGCAUCCUUUCAUCACCACCCUCAUGCCGCCGUCGCCGGAAACUGUGGGGAGCUUCCGCGCCGUGGAGGACUUGGAUUCAGUGUACCUGCCAAACCGCGAGACCUGCUUGCGAUACGUCACCAAAUUCUUUGAGCAGGUUCACGCCAUUUACUGGGUGUACUCUCCUGAGCAAUUCUACAUGCUUCUUGACCAAACAUUAGAGAGCGGAGCCUCUGAAGCGAGCGCGUCGUGGCUUUGCUCCCUGUACUCCAUCUUUGCCAUCUGCUCGAUGCAGCCAACAGUCCGAGAAGACCGGGAGGAUGAGAAAUUGUCGGAAGAUUACCUUCGCAUGGCAAGAGAGUAUGGGAAUCGAGCGGCUGACGAAGCCGACAUUGGAAGUGUGAAAGCUCUGGUUCUCAUGAGCCUUGCCCUCAAUGCGUCAUUUCACAGUGUCAUCGCUUAUUGCACCCUUGGCAUGACCGUCAGAAUCGCAUACUCACUUGGCCUCCAUCGAAAUACGGCCCAUACGUCACUGGACUCAGUAGAGAAAGAACGUGCUCGGCGGUUGUGGUGGACACUAUAUCAGCUUGACCAAGAAGUCUCCAAUCAGCUCGGCCAUCCAUUCGCAAUAGUGGAUGAAGCCAUCUGCAUCCAAACGCCAUUUGCAUCGGAAGAAAUUCUUGAUCCGGGGCGUAACACUCCAUUGGGCUACCAAGCCGUCUGCAUAUCGCUAAUCAAAUUGAAAAAGAAAAUCAGCCAGACAUUAUACGUAACUCCCGCCCAGACAACACGCAGAGUUCGCUUCCAGCAAGUCACCAGCUGCAUCGCCUCUUUGUAUGAAUGGCAUGCCUCAGUCCCAUCCCAUCUCCGCUGGGGCUCGUCGUUGGCGCCAUCACAUCUGAGAGCCGUAUCCGUCCUUCAUCUGCGAUACUGGAUUACGCUCGUUCAUGUCACGCGGCCAUUUCUCUUACAUUCGGUGACCCGGUCGGCCGAGCUGCGCAACUCAGUCAAGAAGAAGCGAUACGACGAUUUCAGCAGUCUUUGCACCGAGGCUGCAGAGAAUGCAAUCACCAUCUUGAAAGCGAGGCAUGAAGAGCGAAACCUUUCGAGCCUGAUGCUGUUUGACAGCGGAUGCAUCCAGGAGCUUGUCCAAGUUUUCCUCCUAGCCGAGGAAAAGGUCGGCAGAGGGACUUACAGAGCGAAUCUGGAGUUCUGCCUCAAGGCCAUGCGUGCCAUGGAAGCCGUGGGCUGGUGCAAGAGGAUCCUUCCGGAUCUCGAGACAUUGCUUAAGAACAUAAUCACAGUGGGCAACGAUGGGGAAGAUAGUCGAGAAUCAGCUCCCCAGGCAAAUAAGACACAAGACCCUAUCACUACUACAACAAGAGCUCGACCAUUGCAAGAGUACGGUUUCAAUGGAUCCGGUCUAUUCGGUGACCCAGCUGCGUUUGAUGCGGCAUUGAAUUCAUUUGAAGAUUUUGAGCUGUAA